AUGUCCACCCAGCAGAUCGUCCUCCAGGGGGGCUUCCGCCUCGUGGGGGGCAAAGACUUCGAACAACCCUUGGCCAUUUCCCGGGUCACUCCUGGAAGCAAGGCUGCGGGAGCUAACUUAUGCAUCGGAGAUGUAAUCAUAGCCAUCGAUGGGGAAAAUAGCAGUGGUAUGACACACCUGGAAGCUCAGAACAAAAUCAAAGGCUGCAUGGACAACAUGACCCUCACAGUCACCAGAUAUGAACAAAAAAACUGGUCUUCCCUGGUGACAGAGGAAGGGAAACGUCAUCCGUACAAGAUGAAUUUGGCCUCGGAACCCCAAGAGGUCCUGAACAUAGGAAGCGCCCACAACCGGAGUGCCAUGCCCUUUACCGCCUCGCUGGCCUCCAGCUCUGCCCCCAGGGUCAUCACAAACCAGUACAACAACUCAGCUGGUCUCUAUUCCUCUGAAAACAUAUCCAACUUCAACAACACCCUGGAGUCAAAGACAGCAGCCAGUGGGCAGGAGACAAAUGGCAGAGCCUUAGACCAUUCUCAGCCUCUAAGCGGACUUGUCAACGACAAAGAAUCUGAAGUUUACAAGAUGCUUCAUGAGAAACAGGAGUUAAAUGAGCCCCCCCCCAAGCAAUCCACUUCAUUCCUGGUAUUGCAGGAAAUCUUAGAGUCUGAGGAGAAAGGGGAUCCCAACAAGCCAUCAGGUUUCAGAAGUGUUAAGGCUCCAGUCACCAAAGUGGCUGCAUCUAUUGGAAAUGCCCAGAAGUUGCCCAUGUGUGACAAAUGUGGCACCGGCAUUGUCAGCGUCGUGUUUGUGAAGCUCCGGGACCGCCACCGUCACCCUGAGUGUUAUGUGUGCACUGAAUGUGGCCCCAAUCUGAAACAGAAGAGCCAUUUCUUCAUGUAG